AUGAACACUAGGCAUCCUCCUUUCUAUAAAAAUUGCCGUGGUUCUUUCUUGAACACAUACCAUACUAGAGCACUAGCAAGCAAUCUUGCAGCUAUUUAUCCAUCCCUCAAUUCAAUGCCUACAAUCUUUGCUCUCUUCUUCUUGGGAAUUCUUAAUGUUCCCUUGGCAACUGCUCUCUCCUUCGACUUCCCUUCCUUCAACCAAAGCAGUCUUUCCAACAUCACAUUUGUAGACGACGCAUCAUGGUCUAGUGGUCACAUUCAGCUUACCAAAAAUCAGAUAACUGACGAUAUGCAAUCUAGCCUGGGAAGAGCAGUCUACGUGGACCCUCUUCUGCUCUGGAAUAAUGAAGAUAACCUGACGGAUUUCUCCACCCAUUUCGCCUUUAUAAUCAACCCGAAUGGCCAAGAGCAUCCAGGAGAUGGCAUGGCUUUCUUCCUCUCUCCAUUUCCUUCCAAUAUCCCUAACAAUACCGGUGGCUGCGGCCUAGGCGUGUUCAAUGUCAGUGUAUGUAUGUAUGGAACAGACAGCAACUUCUCCGAACCGAUUGUAGCAGUGGAAUUUGACACAUUCCCAAAUAUUUACGAUCCCGGGAAUCCUCAUGUUGGGAUCGAUGUCGGCUCCACCAGGUCCGUUGUGUAUCAAAUUUGGGAGGACGAUGGCAACGGCAAUGGGAGCAAAUGGCAGGGAGAAGCAUGGGUGAGCUACGAUUCAGGCACUCAUAAUUUAAGUGUUUUCCUAACUCUGGAACAUGGAAACCGUACUACAAAUUACAGCCUUAGCUACAUCGUGGACCUUCGGAAGGUGCUCAACUCAUCCGAGGUUGCGGUAGGGUUCUCGGCGUCGACGGGAACAUAUGAUGAGACACACACACUUUUAUCAUGGAGUUUUUCUUCGACCCUAGUGCAACGCCCCAUGCAACAACCCCCUGUGCAAGCCCCCAUGCAACCUCCUCCCGUGCGUUCCACCGCGCAACGCAAAAGCAAAAUCGAGAUCAUUGUUGGCAUGGCCAGGGGGGUAGGGAUCCUCCUCCCCCUCUUGCUGUUGGUUUUUGUGUUCUUGUGGAGCAGGAAGAAGAAGAGGGCGAAAAUUGGAGAAAACAAGGACCAGUUGCUUGAUGAUGACUUGGAGAUAGAAGCAAGGCCGAAUAGGUUCUCGUAUGAAGAGCUAGCCACUGCGACGAGGAACUUCUCUGACGACGUCAAGCUCGGGGAAGGUGGAUUCGGGUCGGUCUACAAAGGCCAUCUCGAGGGCCUGAACCUUGACGUCGCCAUUAAGAGGUUUGCCAAGGAGUCGUCCAAACAAGGAAAGAAAGAGUACUUCUCCGAAGUCAACGUCAUAAGCCGCCUUGGACAUCGUAAUCUGGUUAAGCUGGUUGGCUGGUGCCAAGAACAACAAGAACUCCUCCUCGUCUACGAGUUCUUGCCCAACGGUAGCCUCGACUCGUGUCUGUACUCCGCGCAAAAUCAUUUGAGAUGGCCGGCGAGGUACAAGAUCGCACUCGACUUGGCCUCUGCGAUGCUCUAUCUCCAGCACGACUGGGAGCAGUGCGUGCUGCAUCGCGACGUCAAGCCGAGCAAUAUCAUGUUGGACUCUGCAUUUAACGCCAAGCUAGGAGACUUCGGCCUCGCUAGGCUCAUCGACCACGACCUCAGCUGGAAGACCACGGUCACGGCCGGUACGCUGGGGUACAUGGCCCCCGAAUAUCUUGACACUGGCAAAGCCAGCAAAGAGUCAGAUGUCUAUAGCUUUGGAGUCGUGGCCAUGGAGAUUGCUUGUGGGAGAAGACCGAGGACGGGCCAACUAGUGGAACGGGCGUGGAAACUUUAUGCGAAGAGCGCGGUAGUUGAAGCAGCCGAUGAGAAGCUAAACGGUGAAUUUGAUGGAGAACAAAUGGAGCGAGUGUUGGUUGUAGGAUUGUGGUGUGCUCAUCCAGAUUUCAAUCUGCGACCCUCGAUGAAGGAGGCAAUACAGGUGCUCAAUGGGCAGAUGGCUUUGCCAAAUCUUCCUCCGCGCUAAAAGAUAGACAUGAUUUGA